CCAGACUGAACUAUGGGUGUGACAGAAAGAAAAUAGGCGUUGCUUUUGUCAUUCAGGAGUAAAAUGAAAAGAGAGACAAGCAAGACGUGAUUUCUGACGGCUCGCUCCGUUCAGCUUACUCGCUUCGGUUCUAACCGCUCUGUGUAAACAGACCCGACUCCGAAUCAUUCGGAUAUACUAGACCUGUGAGGAUCUGUCACUGGCGAGAAAAACGACCUACCAUAAGGCUUCUGUCAUUCUCUCUAUUCUUAUAAUCUGUGUUUUGAAACCCCUCAAAAUGCUUCGUAAGUCCAGUUCAGUGGGUACAUUACUGGAGCUGGAUGGAUGGGAGCAGGUGGAUAGAGAUGAUCGCCCAGGCAGCUCAGAGGAUGAGAUGGACGGGGCCUCAGCAUCCUAUCCUUGCACCCCAGAUGCAAAAUCAGGGAGUGCAGGAAAGGGUGGGCUGAUCCGAGAACACAGCGUUAGUGUGGAAAAUCUGGUCAGCUUGGAUAAGGACUCUGAUCUACUGAGAGUUACGAAUCUUAAUGAGAGUUUUAAAGCCUACAGUGACAGCCAGCUCACUUCCAAUGCCAAAGGCAGCAGCGAGAGUGUGGAGAAGUGUUACACUCUUCCCAACUCUUUCCCAUCCGAAGUGAAAUCCGAAGAAACUCCUCAUCACCGACCGCAAGCUCACUCCAAGCUGAUAGCUGCUAAAUUACACAUUAAAAGUUUGUUUGGACAGAAUUCACCACAUUCCUCGCAUACGAAUUUGAGAGAGCACCGAGAGAAUGUAACCAGCACGAAAGAGAAGCGUUCUCGAAUGCCUUUCCUCCGGCAGUGGAGUCAGGUUGGCCAUGGCAGAGGUCGACUCGGCAGGAAAGAAGUGGAAAGCUGGGCCAAGUCCCUUGAAACUUUGCUGGCCAGCAGAGUGGGAUUCUCGGUUUUUGAGGCGUUCCUGCGGUCUGAGUUCAGUGAGGAAAAUCUGCAGUUUCACGUGGCCUGUGAGCAAUACAAAAAUUCAUCCAACAAAUUCACCCUACAGAGGCGUGCCAAGAUGAUUUUGGAGACCUACAUUGUCCAGUCUUCUCCCAGAGAGGUGAACCUGGACUGGAAGACAAGAGAACUGACCCAAACGCUGCUAAAAGCCCCGUCACACACCUCUCUCACACAUGCCCAAAAACGCAUCUACGGCCUCCUGGAAAUGGACUCUUACCCCCGUUUUCUCCAGUCGGAAAUCUACGAAACAUUACUGAGGGAUUCAUAUUAAAUCAAGUUUGAGCAAAGGGUCCAAAAGUGGCUAUAAACUGAAUGGACAGUGUCCUAUUGAGAACAUUUGAUGAAAAAAAAUCAUCUUAACUACUGAAGAACGUUUAAAUGGAAUAAAAAGGGAAACAGAUAAGCAGGGAUGAUGCGAUUGUCUUAAACUUGAAUGCACAGCGUCUUAAGGGUCAUGCAAAAUGGAGAACGAGGUGCUAUGUUUUUUACUACUUCAGUUCGGGCUUUACUCAGUUGCUGCACAGAAAAAAAACACCACUGGCGGAUAUGAAGAAUUAAAUGGCAUGUUGACAGGCAACAAAGGGAAAAACACGUCUGGCAAGAAUGGGCUGUUCAGUGACAGGACAUCAAGGUCAGAAAAUUCUGAGUGCGCACUUUUAAAGAGAUGCUAAUGACUUGUUCUUGGUAUUAAAAAUAAGUACUUAUUUUUUGAAGUUUCCCAUAAAUGGUUAUAUUUAAACCAGAAGUCAAGGUGCCACGAAUACGAAAUUAAUAUAAGAAUCAGAAUCAGCAACAUGCACUUAAAACAGACUCGCAGUCUUUACAUAUGAGCAGUCCUGUAUUGGGUUGUGAUACAAAUUAGUAUAGCACUGUCGGUUUUUUGAUUUUGUGAUUACAGAUUGAACUCUUGCAGCUUUAUAUUAUACAUUUGAAGAACGUCACUAAAGACCAGGGUCGGAAAUUAACCUGUAGGAAAAAAAGGUAACAAAAAAAAAUCUCCAAAAUACUUGCAGUUUAUCUAUAAUGACUCUUGAGAUUAUAGAUCUGUUUGUGUUGCAUCAGUUUUGUUAAUUAUAACCAAUCUUAUAAGCAAUUACAAGUUCAACUAUAAUAGAAAACUUUUUUUAGUUGCCAUUGUUGCAGUGUUGAGUAACACCAGGGCUCCGAACCGGUUCAAGGAACGGAAACAAAACCAGAAACUAAUGACAUUUUUGCGGGUCAUAUUGCAUAUUCAGUUAAUUCUUUAGUAGCCUUGUAAAUAAUGUAUUUUAUUAACGGAUUGUUUAUAAGGACUAAUCUAUUGAAUACUGUAAUUCUCCAAAUGGAAAAUGCAUGAGUGGUUUGAUAAUAUAUCAUAUCAUUCAAAACUUUAUCUAUCAUGCUAUUAUCUGCCCCCCAUCUUUCAAUAUUACAGAUCAAUUUGUCAUAGUUGAAAUAUUAACAAUAUGAUUUUCUUUAUGGAGACCCAUCUAAAAACAAUCGACAAUCAAUAAUUCACUUAGUAUAAAUACAAGUUUUAGUAACAAUAACUUCAACCGAAACAUACCUUUGUACAUGAAAGAGCCAUGUUCUCGGUAAACUUUAAGACAAGCUUGUCGCAUCAGAAACGACUCUCGCUUAUGACGUCUGCUUCGCGGGUAUUUCAUGUUGUCUGCGUCACUGUCGCAUUUGUACACAUGCUUUAAAUGACUGCUUUUUGUGUCUUCAAUUCAUAUAAUAAAGAGAACGAUAAAAUAGCGUUA